CCGUACACCGUCCAUCCUUUCAGCAACAAGGAGUUGGCAAAUGCUACAUCCAACACGGAGCGGAGACGGAUGAUCGACUUCAACAAACUGUUGUCCAAGCAACGCGUCACCGUUGAACAUGCCUUCGGAGUGCUCAAGAUGCGCUUUCAUUCACUCCGUCUCAUGGGCUACCAUGAUGAUGUGCAAGAUGUAUGGCGGGUGAUUGAGGCAUUGCUAAUCCUGCACAACUUAUGCCUCUAUCACAAGGAUCAUCCGGAGGCAUUCGACGAGUAUGCUGAAGUCAUUCUAGCAGCUAACGAGGAGGGGGAUGAUACAGAUGAGGAGGAAGAGGAGGAGGAGGAGGACGUGCCGACAGUCACAGGAGUUGAUGUGCAUGGUCCCUCAGACCUUCCACGCCACGAGACUGUAGCGUGGCUCCGAACUGCAGGGCAUCAGAAGCGGCGGGAACUUCUUGACAUUGUAUGCCCUAUGGCAAACUACCAGUAG